GCUUUAAAUAUGUGAUGAAUCGGGCUCAAGUGAUUCAUUUCGUUUUCAUUUUUCGCAUCUUUCUUUUGAAAGGCACUAGCAACAGAGCUUUCUGCAGUCACCAACUAUGGCGGAGAAGAGUUUCAAGUACGUGAUCGUCGGUGGUGGUGUCUCGGCUGGAUAUGCAGCAAGGGAGUUUGUGAAAUUGGGGCUUAAAGCUGGCGAGCUAGCAAUUAUUUCCAAGGAGGCGGUUGCUCCUUAUGAACGCCCUGCUCUUAGUAAGGGAUAUCUCUUCCCCGAGUCUCCUGCUAGACUUCCAGGAUUCCACGUCUGUGUUGGAAGUGGAGGAGAGAGACUUUUACCAGAGUGGUACAAAGAAAACGGGAUUGAAUUGAUUCUUAGCACAGAGAUAGUGAAUGCAGAUCUCGCUGCGAAGGCUCUCAUUAGUGCUUGCGGUGAUACCUACAAGUAUCAAAUUUUGAUCAUUGCAACCGGUUCCACUGUCAUAAGAUUGUCAGAUUUUGGUGUAGAAGGAGCUGAUGCUAAAAACAUUUUUUAUUUGAGAGAGGUUGACGAUGCUGACAAGCUUGUAGAAGCAAUUAAAUCAAAGAAGAACGGGAAGGCUGUGAUUGUUGGAGGAGGUUACAUAGGUCUUGAACUUGGUGCAGCUUUACAGAUCAACAAUCUUGAUGUUACCAUGGUCUACCCUGAACCAUGGUGCAUGCCUAGGCUUUUCACAUCUGGCAUAGCUUCCUUCUAUGAAGGUUUUUACAAAAACAAAGGAAUCAAUAUAAUUAAGGGAACAGUAGCAACUGGUUUUACCUCAAAUUCAGAUGGAGAGGUGAAGCAAGUUAAACUCAAAGAUGGCAGGAUUCUUGAUGCUGACAUAGUUGUUGUGGGUGUUGGAGGUAGACCCUUGAUAUCUUUGUUUAAAGGGCAGGUCGAAGAAGAGAAGGGAGGUAUUAAGACUGAUGGAUUCUUCAAAACAAGCAUUCCUGAUGUGUAUGCUGUGGGAGACGUGGCUACUUAUCCUUUGAAGCUAUACAACGAGUUGAGAAGAGUUGAACAUGUUGAUCAUGCUCGCAAAUCUGCUGAGCAGGCUGUGAAGGCCAUCAAGGCAGAGGAAGAGGGAAAAUCGAUUGAGGAAUACGACUACCUUCCAUACUUCUACUCUCGUGCCUUUACUCUGUCAUGGCAAUUCUAUGGCGACAACGUUGGUGAGACCAUCCUAUUUGGAGACAACAACCCGGAAUCUGAACAACCCAAGUUUGGAACCUACUGGGUCAAAGAUGGAAAGGUAGUUGGAGCUUUCUUGGAGGGUGGAACUCCAGAUGAAUACAAGGCCAUUGCCAAGCUUGCACGAGACCAACCGUCUGUGGAGUCCUUGGAUCAGCUCGCCAAAGAAGGCCUCUGCUUCGCCUCCAAGGUCUGAAAACAUGUUUAGUUGAUUUGUAUUUGUCAAAAAUGAAUUUGAGUUUGCUGAUGCUUGUAAUGUCCAUAAAUAUUUAGUUUGGUUAUUUGUUUCCUUUUAAUGCUACAGUUUUUACAUUUGAGUGUACAUUGAUCAAUUCUGAGUAUGGUUUGCCUUGCCACAAUAUGACCUCCAAGUUGCCACAAUA